AAUUUUGCUAAAACUCUCUCUUUUAAACACACACUCUUUCUCUCUUAAAGGAAGAAGAAGAUCACAAUCACAAUGACAAAGACAAAGCCAGUGGAAGGAGAUGAGAACCGAUAUAAGAAAGGUUUAUGGACAGUUGAAGAAGACAAGAUACUCUUGGAUUAUGUUAAAAUGCAUGGGAAAGGGCAAUGGAAUCGAAUUGCCAAGAAAACAGGUUUGAAGAGAUGUGGGAAGAGUUGUAGGCUAAGGUGGAUGAACUACCUGAGCCCAAGUGUGAACCGAGGCAAUUUUACUGAGGAAGAAGAAGAUCUUAUCAUUAGACUCCAUAAGCUCCUUGGAAACAGGUGGUCCUUGAUUGCUAAAAGAGUGCCAGGACGAACUGACAAUCAAGUGAAAAAUUAUUGGAAUGCUCAUUUGAGGAAAAAGCUUGGGAUCAAAGAGCAAAAACACACAGCUGGAGAUUCUAGCUUAACAAAAUCCCAGAAAGUGGAAGUAUCAAAAAGUUGCACAAGAACAAGUUCUUGUACCAGUGCAAGGGCAACCAAUGAAAUUUCAGUGGACAAAGCCAAAGCCACCCAGAAAAGCCUGAUUAAUAAUGUCACAGAAACACAAGAAUCCAUGAUUGAUGAAAGUUUUGUCAACUCUUUAUGGAAUGCUGAAGGGGAGUUGGAUUUUGCUGGUACCCUAACCAUGCUGGAGUUUAUGGAUGGGUAUUCUUUAAUUUGAUUUUUGAUCUUUGCAUGUUUGACAGUCCUAUGGUUUAUAAUUUUUUUUAUUUGUUUUGAGAGUUAAUAACUUGGUAGCUAGGCUUCUAUUAAUGAUUCAGAAGCAGAAGAACUAUAAGUAUUUUCUUUGCUUCUCUUUAAUUACAUGUUAAAAGGGAAGUUUAUCGUAAUUUUUUCUUCUACAAAGUAUUGUAUGCAGAAUCCUAUAGCUGAAAGCCACUUGUGGUAGGGUUGAGAGAUAAUAAUGGAGUUAAGUAAAAACUCUGAUAAGGUUCAAGUUUCAGUGGCAUCUCUCUUACGGACACAAACACACGCAUGCGAUCCCAUUUCAGACAAAUUUUACUUUAAUAAUAAGCCUUCCUCACCACUGUCAAUGUACCGGCCACAUUAGGACAGAGCAUCAA